AUGGAGGUCAAUCCAAUAACGCUACAUAGGAAGGGAUCAGAAAGGCUGCCAUCUACGGAAACCAAGUCGGUCGACGAAGUGAAUGAUAACUCUUCAAUAAACCAACCAGUUACAGAUGAAAAGGAAGACAUUAGCGUGGACAAAUUUGUUGUUAAUGAAUCACAAAAUGAAAGUGAUAAAGAACAGGUCGGUUCAACAAACGAUAAGAAAACUGAUGAAAUUCAUGAAGAAACAUACGAUAGAGAAACUGAUAAGACGCAUGAUGCAUCCGAGUCAUCGCCUUUAAUUUUGGAGUCUAAUACCCAGAAAAAGAAAAAAUCUGUUCGAAUUGUUGAGCAACCGAAAGUGAUAGAAGAUCAAGCUUUGGAAGGGCAAACAUCUGAUGAUGAACUGGACGGUGAUAUAGGUGAAGAGCAGAAUGAAGACAAAGUCGAAAGAUUUAAAACAGAUGAAGUAGAUAAUGGUCCUCCAGAAGUGAGUUUAACUGAAAACCCACAUGGUGAACAAACUAAUAAUCAAUCAAAUGAUGAAAAGAAAGAUGAUGACGACGAGUAUGAUCCUGAAAUAGAUCAACCCGCUGUACCUAAUUUACCCCCAAAACCAUCAUUACCUACAACUUCGUCAUCAAAAACAACACCUCAAACCCUGAAUUUGCCAAAAGCAUCGGAUUCUGUCAUUCGUCAAGCAUUUGAAUACAUCAUUCAAGAUGAAAUUGCAAAAAAUGCAGAAAUUCUACAAUUAGGUUUAGAUCAACAAGCACAAAUAUUUCAGAAACGCAUUGAUAGUUUGGGAGAUAGCUUUCCUGGUAGUCAUAUGAAUUAUAAUCAAGUUUACUCAUAUAAUAAGCCUUUCAAAAAUUUGAAAGACCCAGUUCCAUUGAUACCAAUUAAUGAAUACUGUCGUAGACCAAAUAUAACAGCUCCAAUGUCAGAAGAAGAAGAACAAGAAUACGAAGAUUUCAUAGAAAGGGAAAAUCAUUAUAUGAAUUUGCAGAAUUGGGAUGAGUUUCCAGAUAAACUGAGACUAUUUGUUGGUAACUUACCAGCUAAUACUAUUUCAAAACAAGAUUUGUUUCGAAUUUUCUCAAAAUACGGAGAAGUCAUUCAAAUUGCUAUAAAAGCAGGUUAUGGAUUUACACAAUUUAGAACAGCAGAAGCUUGUAUGGAGUGUAUCAAGGGAGAAGAAGGUGUUCCAUUACACAACAAAACAUUGAGGUUAGACGCGUCAAAACCUCAAAAAUCAAGACGUUCUGGUAAUCCUGAAGUUAAUAAUCCAAAUUUUAAUGGAAGAGGACGAGAAAGACAAGCUGAUGAUGAGCCAAGUAGAAAGAGAAUUAAAGGCAAUUGUGAUUGUAGUGUGUUUAUUACUGGGAAAUCAUCUGUAUUUUUCAUCAGAAAAGUUAAAAAAACAUUUGCUAAUGCUCAAAUUACUGUUGACACUGAAGAUGUCACUCAAAAGAAUAUUACUGAUGUGCUUAGUGAAGCUGCUUACUCUGGUGUUUUAGGUGCUUGUGUUAUUAAAGAACAAAAAGUUGAUCUUCAAACUUAUGAAACUCAACUAAAUGGAGGAAUAAAAUUUGAUGAAUAUGCAGAUAUAGAUCCGGAAGAGGCUGCUGAAAUUAUGACCAAAGUGAAAUUAGCAAAAUAUGGAGACAAUCCACCGCCUUAUUUUCCUCAAGAUACAAGUUAUAAUGAUAAUGAUAAACACAACAAUAAAACUGGUGGCCGCCAUCAUCAUAAUGAAAAUAAUAGAGGAAGAAACUUUGGAAAUAGAGGUGGGAAAGGUGGUAGAGGUGGUAAGGGAAGAUUUAAUGAUAAUUUUAAUCGAAAUAGAAACAACUUUAAUCAAAAUUGGUCGAAUGAUAAUCAAAUUCCCCAACAACAACCAUACAUUCCACAGCAACAGCCAUAUGGUCAAGUUCCACAAGCUCAGUUUUCACCUUAUAUACCACAAGUGCCUCCACAACAGCAUCAGGACUACAACCCUUAUGGUGCACCUCAACUACAAGCACCUCCUCAACCAAAUUUCAAUCAAUAUGGAGUUCCAAUACCUCAGCCUCAUCAACCAGCACCUAGCAAUCAGAACUAUUUGCAAACUUUACAAUCUCUUGACCCGGCUCAAGUUCAAAAUAUGAUAAAUCUAUUACAACAGCAACAGCAACAACAACACGGUACUUCUCCUUUGAUGUCAAUGAACCCUGCUCAACAGCCACCGCCUCAACCGCAGCCAAGUUUCAGGGGACCUACAAUAAAUUAUGGAAGUUCUGAUUUGCGUAGAGAUGGUAGAGGUCCAAGAGGAAAUUAUGGACCUAAUCCUGUUAAUAAUCAACCUUAUGGAAAUGUACCUCAACCCCAUCAAACCACUACUCCUAACCCAAAUUCUAGAUACAAUAACCCAAUUCAAAAUAAUGCUCAAGCAACUGGCCCAAAUGCAUUGCUUUCUAGAUUACAAUCAAAUCAAACUCAAAAUGCAAAUAGUUCCUAUUCUCAACCUCAAUCAAAUCAGCAAGAUUCGAAUGCAUCACUUUUGGAAACUUUACAGAAGCUUUCAGGAAAUUAA